GUAUCACCGGAAACCUAGAGAAGGUUAAUCAGUUGAUAAAAUCUUGGGCGAAAUUGGAGAAAGAUGGGGAAGAAGCAGCAUAGCAAAGAUCAGAUGUACAUCACCACCACAGAGUGGGCUACUGAAUGGGGUGGUGCCAAGUCCAAAGAACUUCGUACUCCUUUCAAACGCCUCCCUUUUUAUUGCUACGCUCUCACUUUUACACCCUUUGAGAUUAUUCCAGUUUGCACUAAGGAUGGCUGCGUUUUUUAUACAAUGCAUAUAAUACCUUACAUCAGGAAGUAUGGGAAAAACCCAGUUACCGGAGCGCCGCUUAAGCUUGGGGAUCUUAUUCCUCUUACAUUUCACAAGAAUUCUGAAGGGGAAAUCCAUUGCCCAGUUUUGAACAAGGUUUUCACUGAAUUCACUCACAUAGUUGCUGUCAAGACUACUGAAAAUGUAUUUUGUUACGAGAUAUGGAGAACUGUUGGAAACCCAAAUGUUCACCGAUUUGCAAUUCUAACUCAUAUGUUUGAAUCGUUCUGUUGA